AUGACCAAGGAAGAAGUUAUGCGGAUGUUAGUAGAUGCUCAAGCUGAGGAGCGAGCCCAAAUGCAGGCCCAACAUGUCAGCCAUCCAACUACGGCAACAAAUACUACCACUCAAGCGAUCAGACAAGAAAUGGAGUUGGAGGUGUCUAGCAGUCGUGCGGUGGAAGGAGAGAAAGAUCAAGCUUUGGAGAACAUAGCUGAACAAAUACGACAACUUCAAGCAAAGAUUGAGGGGAGGAAGAUAGGACUCGCACGAGGCCAUCCAUUUUCUCACGAGAUCCUAUGCGCUGACCUGCCUACGAACUUCAAAGAGGUUAGUCUUACAUAUAGUGGAUCCUCUGAUCCUUCUAGACAUUUGCCCUGCUUUGAAAACAUGUCGGUGUUGUUGGGCAAUUCUGAUGCGGUGAGCUGUCGAGCUUUCUUGGCGACCAUGAGGGGAGGGGCACAAGAUUAG